ACUAAACACUUAAAUAGUUUUCCUAUUCAAAGCUACGUAAUGAAUUUUGAGAAAGAAAUAAAAAGUUAUAUGAAACUCCAAGAUAAUAGGUCACAAAAGGACAAUAUUACAUUUCUAAUAAAGUUAUGGAAAUCACCAAACCUAAAAUGUUUAUCCAAAUAUGACAUCAUUCUUCAAUAUUUUGUAAAAAAUUUAUUGACAAAUCUGGAAGAUGAAGAUGUUCUCAUAGAAGUUGGAAGAUUUCUAUCUUUGAAACAUCCACCUAAUAGCAUCAGAAAUGAAACAAAGAAAAGUUUUGUGAAAGCUUUUAGAUCUAUUUUGAAGGACAAUCCUAAACUGGUCCUUCUUGAAAUGAGCUUAGAUGUCAUUUCUCAUGAAAGCUUGAAAGAUUUUUUCAAAGAUAAUCUUGAGCUAUAUUUCAAGUUUACAGUGAUUAUUCUUAACAGUUUUAAGAAGAUUACUACUGAGGAGCUUGAUGAAGCCACGUAUGUCAACAUUUACACAAAAAUUAUCAGGGAGAUUAAUUUUUUUUCAAAUUUGGAAGGUUUUCAAGAUAAUUUCUUGAACCUCAUCUUGGCACCACUAAAUGAAAUUGUCAGCUGCUUCCCAACAAGCACAACACCUUCAUUUCGGGAUUUACUUUGGAGAAUAAUCUUCAACGAAAACACGGAAUUGAAUUCUAAUUUAGAAGUCUUCAAUCGUGACUUAAAUCAAAAUUGUCUGGAAAUAAUCUUGGAGUGCUUUCUAUCCAUCAAUAAGUUUAAAACAGGAGAAAUUCUAAAGGUUCUUAAAAUAAUAUACAAAAACAUUUCGGCAGAAACUGACAACGAAUUGGAAUUUCUUAAUCAAACCCAAACUAUUUUCAAGUUGUUGUUAUCGCAAGGCAUCGAGCUUCAUCUAUUAAAACGACAAGAUAAAGAAUUCUUCGACAAGUGGGAAACAAAAAUAUUUUCGUCGAUGGAGGAAGUGAAGAACUCAAUGGAAUUUUGUGAUUAUCUUGGCAUGUUGGAAACUUUCAUUGCGUGUGACGCUUUUCUCUUUUCAAAUCACAUUUUUGGAAUUGUUGUUGAUUGUAUGAUUAGAGAGAAAUCAACACCGAUCGAGAUGUCUCAGUUUGAACAAAUGUUUGCUUUAAGCAUCAACAUUUAUGCAAAAAACUUUGACAUGUUUUUGAAGAAACUGCUCAAAACGUUUGAUGAAAAACUUGACUCAGUGAAAGUUCUUAAGAAAAGAAAACGAAAAUCUGCAACUAAUUCAAAUGUUUCACCUAAAAAACAAAAGCUUUCAAAUUUAAAUGCAGUUGACAUCGAUGAAGAAUGGAAGGAAAUUUCCGAUUUUUUACCAAUUUCAAUCAGGGAAAAAUUCUCAAUCAUCAUUUCAGGCUUAAACGCUGCACUUGUUUUGAAAGUUUGGGAUCUUUUAUGUAACUUCCUAUCGGAAAAUUUAAUGAGAUUGAAAGAAUGUGGAAAAGUUAAUGACAAUUAUCUCAUAAAAAUUGAUUUCGCUUGUUUCUUGUUUUCUGAACUCUUAAACGCGGGAAGGAUUCACGAGCAACUUGCAAUAAAAGUGAAAGACGUCACUCAAACACUAAAUGAUUUCGAGUCAUUAAUGAAGAAAUUCUACGAUGUUGCCGUGAACAUUGAAUACAACAAUCGGAUUGUCAAUUCAUUACUAAGAAUGUCAUGCAGUUAUGAAAACUUUCUGAUGUUGUAUUUAUAUCAUCACAAGAUUUCAAAUGAAAAAUUGGAAAUUUCAUCUUUAUUCACAGAAAGUCACAAAAAAUUUGAAAGUGAAUGGAACAUUAUACAACAAAGAGUUAGAAACUUUGGCGAAAACACCGAGAAAAACAAUUUAAAUGUAUUGAUAAUAAAACUUUAUCAGAAAAAUCAACUAUUUGGAAAUUUGGAAAAUCAUUUAAGCGAAGACAUUUCAGCAGUCUUCAAAGAUGGGAAACAAGUUGAAUUUUUGUUAAAAAGGUCAGAUACGCGAUUCUCAUUUAUCAAUUUACUUAAGAAAAAGGAAAUUGAUUCUCUGGUGAAGUUUUUAUUGAUUCUCGAAGAUGAGAAAUUAAAAGAAUCAAUUUUUGCUAUCAUGACACAAAAUCAAGCAUUAUUUGAGUCAUGCGUUGGAGAUCUAUUGGAAUGUAUUGAUGGUGAUACUAUUCAAGAGGUUUUAAAGAUACUUCAUGAGCUUCCGUUAGACUCUUUAUCUGAUGACAACAAAAAAGAAGUUUUCCGAAUUCUUUUGGAUCAUGAACAUGAAGCAAUAGAAAAAGUUUUAGAAAAGCUUUUCAAGAAUGAAAGUUUCAAGAAUUUUUUCAAAUACUUUUCAAUGAAAGAAAUAAUUGACAAACUGUCAGACAUUAGGAGAUUUGAGAAGAUAUUUGUCCUCAUUUUAAAUAAUACCGCCAAAAGAAUGAAUGAAGACACUUUGAAAAAUUAUAAAUGGAUCAUCGAGAGUAAAAAACCUGAACUGGUUGAAAUUUUCGGAGAGGUAAUACUUUCAACAAGCAUCAGUGAUACUCCUGAAUAUAUCAAAGAUUUCAAAAUAAAUUUUAUUUCAACGAUGAUUCAGACUUGCACUCAAAAUGACUUUAUUGAAAAUAACAAAAAAAUUACUUUGAUAUCCAAACUUUAUAAUGAAACUCAUCAGAAACUCAGCGAAAGCACGAAAUCAAAGUUCGAAACAAUUCUUGAACAAAUUCUAAUAACUUCAACAGCUAAAUCAUCAACAGCCGAACAUUUAAACUUCCUUUUAGCUAUGGAUAUAAAAAAUCUUAAUUUGAGUGAUGAGAUGAAGAAAAAAAUAAUUGAUGCCUUAUUAGUCUUCCUAAAGUCGUUAAUAUUACAAAAGAUGUCAUCAAAUUCAGUUUGUGAAAUGGAUUAUGAAGAGAAAAUAUUGAAAACAUUGAAAAUUUUCGAAGGAUGUCAGCAAGAAAGUUAUUUUGAUACCUUGAGAAAAGUGUCCAAUGAUAAUCUUGUAACAACUUCAAACAUCACAAUUAAACCAUCAGAAAUGGAAUUCAAUGACUUCUUUAAAUUCGGAACAGUACUAGGUGAAGCUCUCUUUCUUAUUGCUAAUGUAAGGCGAGAUUACUUCAAAUCAAGAAUAGUUCAAUAUUUCGAAGUUUACAUCCAUUUCCUGGAACUAAUUUAUUUCUACAAGAAUGAUGAUAUCUUUCAUGACGAUGCUAAUGCAGAAGGAGACGUUUUACUAUUGCUACAAUUAGCGCAUCAAACUGAGAACAUUCUGAAUAUGAUCUUCAAAACCCAUGAAUCCAUGCUUAAAAAUAUUUCACCUUUCAUCGCGUCUUCGGUUGUAAACAUUCUCGUAAAAAAUCCGAAAUCAUUGUCCAUAAAUAAUAAGUUUAAAAGAAGUAUCAGAAAUGUGUGCUGUCAACUUUUGUCUACAUUUGAUGAUAACAUUCAAAAACAUGUUUACAGUGUUGCUGAUGAAAUGUCACGAGAGAUUUAUGACAAUCUUUUUAUGGAUAUUCAUCGAAAAUCUUAAAAAUAUUUUUAUUUUCCAUAUUUUGUUUUUUAUUAUUAAAUGUAAUAGAUCUUUGUUGAAUUAAAUAAAUGAAAUUUGUAUUGAUUUAAAUU